UUCACGCAAACACGUGUUGGAAGCGGCGGUAUCAUAGACGGUUUCCUUACGCGGAUCAGUGGAGCUAGCCUUAAUCUUUAGUCUUUUGAAACCGUUAAGUUUAUACUCGUAGCUGUUUGUCCUCCGUGAAGCGCUCGCCGAGAGGACCCAAUCGUGUGAAACCAUGACUGAUGCUGACGUGAAUCCCAAAGCCUACCCUUUGGCUGAUGCCACUCUGACCAAGACUAUUCUGGACCUGGUGCAACAGGCUUCCAACUACAAGCAGCUGCGGAAAGGAGCAAACGAGGCCACAAAAACACUGAACCGUGGGAUCUCGGAGUUCAUCGUGAUGGCUGCUGACGCAGAGCCGUUGGAGAUUAUUCUGCACCUUCCAUUGCUGUGUGAGGACAAGAAUGUGCCUUACGUCUUCGUGAGGUCCAAGCAAGCUCUUGGACGAGCUUGUGGGGUGUCAAGACCAGUCAUUGCCACGUCGGUCACCAUUAAGGAGGGAUCACAGCUAAAGCCUCAGAUUCAGUCUGUGCAAAUGGCUAUUGAGAGACUCUUGGUUUGAACCCAUUAUUUUAUUAUUUCAGGUUUUUUUGUGUUUAGUUUCUGUAUUCUCUGUACAGUCCUUAUUGAGUUGAAAUUUGUAACCUCAGUGGGUUUGGAGUAAUACUGAUUCAUAAUGGCCAAAAUAAAAUUUGGUUAUUUGGAAACA